GGGGAGGGCGAGCCAGGCCGCGACUGAAGGAGCGAGCGGCGGCCGAGGGGCUGGUCCAGGCGCGGCCGCUAAGAGGAGACCAAGAGGCGGGGGCUGCACUUGACAACCAGCAUGCCGAGAUGAUCAACAAAAGGGAUUCUUGGGUCCUAGAGACCAAAGAAAGAAUCAGCAGGAAUGCCCAGGGUGAAUUGAUGGAUUGCAGAGCCUGGCUGGCACGCUUUGUGCCCACUCCACCUCCACGUAGCCUUGCUUGCAAAUCAGAGGACAGGCUUAGUGAACAAGACUGGCCAGCGCCUUUCAAGGUCCCAUGUUAUGGGGUUGACACUUCCCAAGCUGAGUCAGAAGAGGCAGAAGUGGAUGUGAGAGAAAGAGAGACACAGAGAGACAGAGAGCCAAAGAGGGCGAGAGACUUGACUUUAAGAGACUCCUGUACUGACAACUCCAUGCAGUUCGGAACCAGACCGACUCCGGCUGAACCAGGGUUCAUGGGGACAUGGCAAAACGCUGACACUAACCUCUUAUUCAGAAUGUCCCAACAGGUUCCACUGGCAUGUGCUGGCAGAGUGCUGGGUGCAGACUUUUGCCCAAACCUGGAGGAGCCAGACCAGAGGCUGGAAGUCCAGGCCAUCCGUUGCACACUGGUAAACUGCACAUGCGAAUGUUUUCAGCCGGGGAAGAUUAACCUGAGGACUUGCGAUCAGUGUAAACAUGGCUGGGUGGCACAUGCCUUGGAUAAGCUCAGCACGCAGCACCUGUACCACCCUACCCAAGUGGAAAUUGUGCAGUCCAACGUGGUGUUUGACAUCAGCAGCUUGAUGCUUUAUGGGACGCAAGCAGUGCCUGUGCGGCUAAAGAUCCUUCUGGACCGGCUCUUUAGCGUCCUGAAGCAAGAGGAGGUGCUGCACAUUCUGCACGGCCUGGGCUGGACUCUGCGGGACUACGUCAGGGGAUACAUCCUUCAGGAUGCUGCCGGCAAGGUGCUGGACCGCUGGGCCAUCAUGUCUCGAGAAGAGGAAAUCAUCACCCUUCAGCAGUUUCUGCGGUUUGGAGAAACCAAAUCCAUCGUGGAGCUGAUGGCAAUUCAGGAGAAAGAAGGGCAGGCCGUGGCUGUGCCGUCUUCAAAGACAGACUCAGACAUAAGGACUUUCAUUGAGAGCAAUAAUCGCACCAGGAGCCCCAGCCUCCUCGCUCACUUAGAGAACAGCAAUCCUUCCAGCAUUCAUCACUUCGAAAACAUCCCCAACAGCCUUGCGUUUCUGCUUCCAUUCCAGUACAUAAACCCUGUGUCAGCCCCUCUGCUGGGGUUGCCUCCGAAUGGGCUCCUGUUAGAACAACCAGGACUGCGGCUGAGGGAGCCCAGCCUGUCAACCCAGAACGAAUAUAAUGAGAGCAGCGAAUCCGAAGUAUCUCCCACACCUUAUAAGAAUGAUCAAACGCCCAACAGAAAUGCCUUGACCAGCAUCACUAACGUGGAACCCAAAACCGAGCCAGCCUGCGUCUCCCCCAUUCAGAAUUCUGCCCCAGUCAGCGAUCUGUCCAAAACUGAACACCCAAAAAGCUCCUUCCGGAUUCACCGAAUGAGAAGGAUGGGGUCGGCCUCCAGGAAAGGAAGAGUGUUCUGUAAUGCAUGUGGGAAGACAUUCUAUGACAAAGGUACUCUGAAAAUUCAUUAUAAUGCUGUUCACCUGAAGAUCAAACACCGAUGCACCAUCGAAGGUUGCAACAUGGUCUUCAGCUCUCUCCGAAGCCGUAAUCGCCACAGUGCAAACCCCAACCCCCGCCUUCACAUGCCUAUGCUAAGGAACAACCGAGACAAGGAUUUGAUCCGUGCCACGUCGGGAGCUGCCACCCCUGUCAUAGCAAGUACAAAAUCAAAUCUCACUCUCACAAGCCCUGGCCGGCCCCCGAUGGGCUUCACCACUCCCCCACUAGACCCAGUCUUACAGAAUCCUCUCCCUAGCCAGCUGGUAUUUUCUGGGCUAAAGACUGUACAACCAGUUCCUCCAUUUUAUAGAAGUUUACUCACUCCUGGGGAAAUGGUGAGUCCUCCAACCUCCCUCCCAACCAGCCCCAUCAUUCCAACCAGCGGUACCAUAGAGCAGCACCCCCCACCACCCUCUGAGCCAGUAGUGCCAGCAGUGAUGAUGGCCACCCAUGAGCCCAGUGCCGACCUGGCACCCAAGAAAAAGCCCAGGAAGUCAAGCAUGCCUGUGAAGAUCGAGAAGGAAAUCAUUGACACGGCCGAUGAGUUUGACGAUGAAGACGAUGACCCCAAUGAUGGCGGCGCCGUGGUCAAUGACAUGAGCCAUGACAAUCAUUGCCACUCCCAGGAGGAGAUGAGCCCAGGCAUGUCUGUGAAGGACUUUUCUAAGCAUAACAGGACCCGGUGCAUUUCAAGGACUGAAAUCAGAAGGGCUGACAGCAUGACUUCGGAGGACCAGGAGCCCGAGCGAGACUAUGAAAAUGAGUCUGAGUCUUCGGAGCCCAAGCUAGGCGAGGAGUCCAUGGAGGGGGAUGAGCACAUUCAUAGUGAGGUGAGCGAAAAAGUCCUGAUGAACAGUGAGAGGCCCGAUGAGAACCACAGUGAGCCCUCCCACCAGGACGUCAUCAAGGUGAAGGAAGAAUUCACAGACCCCACGUACGACAUGUUUUACAUGAGCCAGUAUGGACUGUACAAUGGUGGCGGGGCCAGCAUGGCUGCCCUGCACGACAGUUUUACAUCGUCUCUGAAUUAUGGCAGCCCUCAGAAGUUCUCCCCAGAAGGGGACCUGUGUUCUAGCCCAGACCCCAAAAUCUGUUAUGUGUGCAAGAAGAGUUUCAAAAGCUCCUACAGCGUGAAGCUUCACUACAGGAACGUUCACUUAAAAGAGAUGCACGUGUGCACGGUGGCUGGCUGCAACGCCGCCUUCCCCUCUCGCCGAAGCAGAGACAGAAACAGAAAUUUACGGAUGGAAAGAACCAUAGGUCCAGGACAUCGAGACAGCCUGCAUCUCCGGAUGAGCUCGGGAGCACAUCUUCUCCGGAAUACACCAGCCCGACUCAGCCCACACACCAGACACAGUGCCAACAUAAAUCUGCAUCGUAAACUGUUGACCAAAGAACUCGAUGACAUGGGCCUGGACCCCUCGCAGCCCUCCCUUAGCAAGGACCUCCGGGAUGAAUUUUUGGUGAAGAUCUAUGGUGCCCAGCACCCCAUGGGGCUUGACGUCAGGGAAGAUGCCUCCUCUCCCGCAGGGACUGAAGACUCCCACCUGAACGGGUACGGGAGAGGCAUGGCGGAGGACUACAUGGUCCUUGACCUGAGCACCACCUCCAGCCUGCAGUCCAGCAGCAGCAUCCACUCCUCCCGGGAAUCCGAUGCCGGCAGCGAUGAGGGGAUUCUUCUCGACGACAUUGACGGGGCCAGUGACAGUGGGGAGUCAGCGCACAAGGCCGAGCCCCCUGCCCUCCCUGGUGGCCUGGGGGCUGAAGUUUCCGGAUCUCUCAUGUUCAGCAGCUUGGCUGGGAGCAAUGGUGGGAUCAUGUGCAACAUCUGCCACAAAAUGUACAGCAACAAGGGGACCCUGCGGGUGCACUACAAAACGGUGCAUCUGCGAGAGAUGCACAAGUGCAAAGUCCCAGGUUGCAAUAUGAUGUUUUCCUCCGUGCGCAGCCGAAACAGGCACAGUCAAAACCCCAAUCUCCACAAAAACAUUCCCUUCGCUCCCGUAGAUUAGUCCCAGAACGGACACUACAAAUGCCAGCUCUCACCAGAUGGCCUCCGUGUUGGAACUGCCAUAGUCAUUGUGUGCUUACGUACUUGGGGGGGGUGUGUGUGUGUGCAGGUGUCCACGCCUCCGUGUCUGCAUAGACACACACACACACACACUUCUUUAGAUGAAAAAGAGAAACACUAGGUGCUUUUGAAUUUUUUUUUCUUUUUCCUUUAUAGUUUUGGGGAACGGGUGGGGUCUUUAAUUUGGGGGUAUAGAAACAGAGUACCCCUUCAAACACACACACAUGCACACGUACACACGUGUGCAGCUCGCCCCCAUUUUGACAGAAUCAUGCUCGGUCUUCUCCAAAGAGACAACUUGUUGUGCCCAUGACUGUUGCCUGCAAAAAAUAAAAGGGAAAAAAAGAAAAAAGAAACAAAAAGGAACUUCUUAUAGUUGUCUUUUGUGAACUUUUAAGGUUUUGAGAGAAUCUUCGAUUAAAGCAUGGCAGAUUCACCUGUAAAUACUUAGCCUUGAGAGGCCAAUGAUGUAAAACAAUUGUACUGAUGGUUGUUGAACUCUUUUUGUUUAAUUUUUACAGUUACAUCCAGCUGUUAGAUACGCAGGAAAAAAUAGUUUGCUGGCUAGCUCUAUCCAUUUAUGUUAGCAUUAAUGCACAUUUAAAAAAAAAAAGAAAAGAAAACAUGGUCUUGUUUUUACUACCUGUUAGCUGUAGUGAUGAAGAGGUGCUGGCAUGCUUCACAGCACGGAUCUAAUUUUUUAAAAUGUCCUGUACUAGUACGUAAGUCCAGUCAUGCACUUUUUUUCAUACACUACAAGGGGAUGUGUAAUAUCCAUGCUUCUUUUUUUAUCCUUAAACUAUUGCCAUACUUCAGUAAGUGUCUUUUUUAAAAAAAAUUCACUUGUAUAAAAAUGGUCUGGUCAGUAUAGGGCACAAAUGCCAAACAGAAGUACUAGUGUUAACACAAAACUGCCAACUUUGCACAAGUUUCCAGAAAAGAAAAUACAAUUAGUCACUCAACAUAACCACAGGCCAAUUUGUCGGCCACCAGAAAACCGCUUUUACAAAAAUCACUCAGUGAUUCUUUCAAGUGCUGAAUGUUAUUAGAAUCAACAUUGCAUCCUUCGUGCUUAUAUGUUAAGUUACAUAAAAGGAAAACAAAAUUAUGUGGUGUGAAACAGGCAAGGCAUUUAUUCUUUAGAGGCAGGAUAAUAUUUCAGGAUACAAAAGCCCAAAU